UAUGUAUUAUGCAGAUUCAUACUAGUUUGAAUCAUUGUUUGUUUUUUCUUUGCUAUGAUUCUCACAAGGUCUGUUCGUUUUCGAAGAACUUUUGAAUCAAUGCACGUUAGUGCAGUAAGUUAGAGUGAAAGAAAAUGUACUUAUUUCACUCUAACUAGUCAGACUAAUGUACGAGUUUUUAAAAAACAGAUUUGAUGUUUGCAUUACGCGUGAUAUGCGAUUGGAUAAUGUGUGCAGAGAUUAAAUCCUACGAGAUAUCGUUCUCGCGUCUCAUCGUGACUCGGACAAAUCAUUACAAUGGAUUUUUUUCAUAUUCAACACAUUCGUAUAAUUAAAACCAGCGCGGAUCGGGACCAUCAGUAAUGUUCUCGUUACCGAUAUCGCCGAAGCUAUAAUAUAAACGGAUAUGGAAUAGUGCAAAUUUUCAUAUACGCUUCUCUGUUGCGAUUUUGCUCGUUGUCGAGCUUUAUACAAACCGUAUUUAAAAAAUCAGUGUGUGAGUUGUAACAAUACUUUGAAAAGAAAAACAAGCAGCUGAAGUAAAGAUUAUCCUUGAUUAAUAAGCAAUAAAGUGAAGGACCAGUGCAAGACUAUGGGACCUCUGGAAGUACUAUGUGGCAUUGUUGCCUUAGUUUUUACUCUUUAUUAUUACUUUACAUCAACUUUUGACUUUUGGAAGUCACGUGGCAUUCGUGGUCCACAACCCAUACCACUAUUUGGUAAUAUCAAAGAUGUUAUGCUCGCUAGAAAAGCUAUGAGCGAUUAUUUAUUGGAAAUAUAUAAGAGGUACAAGGAUGAAUCUUUGAUUGGUGUAUUUGCUAGAAGGACUCCCAUCCUUGUUGUAAAAGAUCCAAAUUUCAUCAAGGACAUUCUUAUUAAAGAUUUCUCCAACUUUGCUAACAGAGGAUUACCAAUUUAUGAGAAGACUGAACCGCUAUCGCAACAUUUAGUUGCUUUGGAAGCAAAAAGGUGGAGACCAUUAAGGACAAAGCUGUCACCUGUUUUUACAUCUGGUAAACUAAAGGAAAUGUUUCCUCUGAUAUUAGAGUGCUCUGAACACUUGGAACAAUAUGUGGAAAAAUUGGCGAGCAGAAACGAGCACAUAGAGUGCCGUGAGCUGACAGCCAAGUACACAACUGAUGUUAUCGGUAGCUGUGCCUUUGGUAUCGAAACAAAUUCUCUGUCGGACAUAGACAGUGAAUUUCGCACAAUGGGAAGGGAGGUAUUUGCUCGUAAAUGGUAUAAUGUGAUACGAUUUAGAAUCAGAGAAGCUGCGCCAUGGCUCUACGUUAUCCUCGGUUACAUCCUACCACGAACCAGGGUCACCAAAUUCUUUACACGUAUUCUUAUGGAGAAUAUCGAUUAUAGAGAAAAGAAUAAUAUCGUUCGACACGACUUUGUUGAUACUCUACGUGAAUUAAAAAGGUAUCCGGACAAAAUCGACAUUGAAUUGACCGACAGUAUAAUCGCUUCUCAAGCAUUUGUAUUUUUUAUUGCUGGUUUCGAAACUUCAUCGACUACCAUGAGUCAUGCACUUUAUGAGUUAGCGCAGAAUCAUAAAAUACAGGACAGAUUACGAGAAGAAAUUAACCUCAUGUACACAAAAAAUGGCGACACUUUAACAUAUGAUAAUAUCAAAGAGAUGGACUACUUGGAUAAAGUUUUCAAAGAAACAUUACGAAAAUACCCGCCAGCGACGUUUUUGAUGAGGAAAUCGACAUCAAACUACACUUUUGACGGUACCAAAAUUAAUAUACCGAAAGGCCAAACUAUAUGGAUACCAGUUUAUGCGAUUCAACGAGAUCCAGAUAUUUAUCCGGAUCCUGACUUUUUUGAUCCAGAUAGAUUUAACGAGGAAAUUAUGCAAACUAGGAAUGCGAUGUUUUAUCUUCCUUUCGGCGAUGGCCCAAGGAAUUGUAUCGGUGCUCGUUUUGCUAUUUACCAGACCAAAGUUGGACUCAUAAAGAUAUUGCGAAACUAUAUUGUUGACAUUUGCGAUAAAACGCAAAUUCCUUACAUAAAUGAUCCUAAAGCGUUUCUGUUAUCACCAAGGGGUGGAAUAUAUUUGAGAAUAACCAAAAUCAAUUGA